CCAAAUUUACAUAAAUAUAUUUAUUCCUUUGCUCGCGCUCGGUCUCCCUCAGUCGCCGUCGACGACGAUGGACACUGAAGAGAUAUUGCAAGAGUUAGAUACCGUUAAUGUUGAGCUCCAACUUGUGCAAGACCAGAUAAAACAAUUGCUUGAUCGGCAAGAGAAGUUGCAAGAGAGGCAAUCGGAACUGAAGGCUUUAUUGGAAGCAUGUGAAGCAUCGGUGAGCCGUACACAGUGUGGUGGCUCGGUUGGUGUGGAAGACUGGUCGGGGCAUUUUGAGUGGGACUCUCGUGCCGAUGACGUUAGGCUCAAUGUGUUUGGAAUUUCUACUUAUCGUGCUAAUCAGCGGGAGAUUGUAAAUGCUGUCAUGAGUGGAAGAGAUGUUCUGGUGAUUAUGGCUGCGGGUGGUGGCAAGAGCCUUUGCUACCAACUUCCAGCUAUCCUUCGUGACGGAAUUGCUCUUGUUGUCAGUCCAUUGCUUUCUUUGAUUCAGGAUCAGGUUAUGUGCUUGGCUGCUUUAGGUAUUCCAGCAUACAUGUUGACAUCAACAACUACUAAAGAGAAUGAGAAAUUCAUAUACAGGGCCCUUGAAAAAGGUGAAGGGGAGCUAAAAAUAUUGUAUGUCACUCCAGAAAAGAUAUCAAAAAGCAAGAGAUUUAUGUCGAAACUCGAAAAAAGUCAUCAUGUUGGUCGUUUUUCUUUAAUUGCUAUCGAUGAAGCUCAUUGUUGUAGCCAGUGGGGUCAUGAUUUUCGUCCUGACUACAAGAAUCUUGGCAUUCUUAAGACUCAGUUCCCCAAUGUUCCUAUGGUGGCUUUGACUGCAACUGCUACCCAGAAAGUCCAAUAUGAUCUAAUGGAGAUGUUGCACAUUCCAAAAUGUGUUAAAUUUGUCAGCACGGUCAACAGACCAAAUCUCUUUUAUAUGGUACGAGAAAAAUCAUCAGUGGGAAAGGUGGUUGUUGAUGAAAUUGCUGAAUUCAUACAAGAAUCUUAUCCAAAGAAUGAGUCAGGGAUUGUCUAUUGCUUUUCUAGAAAGGAAUGUGAACAGGUUGCUCAGGAGUUACGUGAGAGAGGAAUUUCAGCUGAUUAUUAUCAUGCAGACAUGGAUGUGAAUGUUCGUGAAAAAGUUCAUAUGAGGUGGAGCAAAAAUAAGUUGCAAGUGAUUGUUGGUACGGUGGCAUUUGGUAUGGGGAUCAACAAACCAGAUGUCAGGUUUGUCAUCCAUCACAGUCUGAGCAAAUCAGUGGAAACAUAUUAUCAGGAAAGUGGCCGUGCUGGACGAGACGGACUUCCUUCUGAGUGCCUACUCUUUUUUAGGCCUGCUGAUGUUCCUAGGCAGAGUUCAAUGGUCUUCUACGAGAAUUCUGGAUUGCAGAAUCUCUAUGACAUUGUACGAUAUUGCCAGUCUAAAAAGCAAUGUCGACGAAGUACUUUUUUUCGGCAUUUUGCUGAGCCAUUACAGGACUGCAAUGGGAUGUGUGACAACUGUGCAUUCUCAAGUGAGGUUAAAGAAGUUGAUGUAUCUCGUCAUGCAAAAUUUAUGGUUUCUUUCCUGCAAGACAUGAAAGAGAAUGAUCAGAGAUUGACAUUGUUGCAACUAGUGGACAAAAUGAAAACUAAGCAUAAGGAACUAGGUUCUGACCUGAAGAAAGAAGAAAUACAACAGCUUGUGUUAAAGCUUAUCGUAGAUCGUGUUUUGAAUGAAGAAUUUCAGCAUACAGCUUAUUCUACAAAUGCUUAUGUAACAGUAGGACCUCUGGCAAGACAAGUGCUGCUAGGGAAGAAGAUCAUUAAACUUGAGAUUUCUGGCGGACUGAAGAAUACGAAUGGUGGAAAGAAAUCAACCAAAUGCAGUGUCGGCUCAUCUUCAUUGGAGCUUAAGCUUUAUGAGCUAAGGAAGGAACUUUCUGCUGCUGAUGGAGGAAUACUUCCUCAUUCUGUUUUGUCUAGUCAAAUGAUCAGAAUUAUAACUGCCCAGAGGCCCAAUUCGAUGGAAGAGUUGGAGAAGAUAAUUGGAAAGUUGAAGACAGAUAAGUAUGGGACCAAAAUUCUUGAAGAAAUCAGCAAGUGCACCAUUGCGGACCAACCUGAUGACUAUGCUGCGAGUGAAGGACAAACAAGUGAAACUAGAGCUAAGAAGCGCCUGAAGACAGAAAAGGUGCUUGUCAUUGUUGAGAGUAGCGAUGGUGAAGACGUGUGAAAGACUCCGGAAAGUUUUGUGAAUUUCCUGAGAGCAACGAUGAUUUAGUGUGAAAGGCUCUGGAAAAUUUUGUGAACUUCCUGGAGCUGCUGCUACUAACAAUCAUCAAUGCCGGCAGAGACAUCUGAAUGUAAAUGUAUGUUAUGAUUUAAGCUAUUUUUAAUAUAACUUUUCCAGUUUUUGAA